AGAUCAUUAUUUUAAAUUCUCCUCUCGGGAGUUGCGCUCUUUUAAAACAAUAAAAGGCGCGAAAGGUGUUGACUUUUUUGUUUUAUAAGGCGACAACUUUUUGGCACACGAGAGUCUCUUUGCACACCAAGUACCAACAGAAAUAUAUUUAUUAUUAUUUGAGAGCGCAAUCGCCGCAAUGCUGCGACUUUCACGACUAGCGCUGUUCAUCGUACCGAGCAGCUCAUCACCGGAGCUGCCUCCGUUUCUGAGUACGAAGGAGAAGCGCGCCGAACCGGCCCUCGGUGACGUUUACCGCCGAGUGAUGGAGUACGAUCGCCACCGCAGCAGCAGCAACGAAGAAAGGUUCACCGUACGGUCUCUGCUACGUGGGUCCUGCACGCAGAAGUACUUCAGUGGGUCGAUGACCGGGGCGGCGACGACGGCAGCUGGGGUGGCUCUGUUUCUACUCACUUUUUCAUUCAACAUCGGCAAGCCGGUCGUGGAUGCGCACCGCGAGUAUUUCUCCAAGCUGGACUUGAAGAACGACUCACAUAAUGAUGGUGAUGCCCAAGAUCGUGCGGACGGCGACGCCCCCAAUCCAGUAGAGGAGUUUGACGACGUGGCCGUGGAGGAAGAAGAAAGCUGA